AUGGCGAGCGGUUCGAUGCUGCCAAUCGUUCAACACAAUCCCGCUCUUCUUAUCGACCCUCUCGAAGCCUUCAAGUGUUUCUACAUGUCUCCUCAUCUUCGACACCUCUUCCUCCUCUUAUUGGAGAAGAAAAACUGGGGGGAGUUCCUCCUUGCGCAUAGACCUCUCUCUCGUUGCGAUGCUCUUGCCUGCAAGCAACACGGGUCCGAUUGCUCUGUCGGUGACCGCCACUUGGGUUGCCGGACUUGUAUUCGUAACAACACCCUUUGCUCCCAUGUCACCGACUGCCUCCUCAGCACUCUGCUGCAGGACGCCAUUCCGGUCGCUCAAGCCAACGAGUUGAUCUCAACCUUUCGCAGACAUUACCAGAGUUCUCUUGUCGCUCCGCCCUUUUCUCAUGGCGGGAUCGGUGGUCUGAUCGACAACUUACAUGAGCUUCAAGUCUACCUUCCUACCGUGCCAAAAGAACACCGUCCGUCCCCUAACCUCAUGGUUAAAUUACGCAAGAGUCUCUUCGACAUUGUCAUUUCCAGGGAUGUCAUGUCUCGUGAAGUCCAGAGCCUUGUCGCAAUGCUUCACGACAUCGCUACUAUUGUCAAGAUCUGCAACUUUACAGGCACCAUUACACCUGAGUCGGCAAUUGCGCACAUCACGACACUUUUCCUUCAACAUCCCGGAUUCAGCGAACCUUGGAUGGAAUCCCCGUAA